AUGGCUGGCGUCCAGUUCCCUGAACAGUGGGAAGAGCCCGCCUCAUACCCCAAAAUCCAAGAGAUUCUCGGGUGUUCCCCAGACCACGGGAACGUGGAUCUCGCCUACAAGAUUCUGGGCUUGCACAGCAGGGAUGGCCAGCCACAAGCUGCCAGACCGCCGGCCCACGAGUUCCUGGACUGGUGCAACAAUACGCUCUGGAAAAUCUACAUCGAGGGCGGCGAGUCAAAAAAGGGGUCAGUGGAGCACCGGCGGUUCCUCGAGGCCAACAGGCGGGUCCUGUCGGCUGUGAGGACCAUAGCGGGCAUCCGACGGCCCGGAAACAAGGACUGGCAGCCGCACAAGCAGCUGGAGAUAGCGGUCUGGGAGGACGGCGUCUGCAAGGAUGCGCCGGUCGAUCUGAGACUGACCAAUUGGGACCAGAACGUCCCGAUCCCGGUGGACUACGAUACCUUCCAGAGGUUAUAUGGAAGUGAUAGACAGGCGGACACGGAUGAGCGGGCGAGGGAGCAUCGUAGGUCGGGCAAGACCUGGCUGGCGACAACUAACAUGCUCCUGGACGCGCGAGAGCGGGAGAAAGCGGAGUGGAAGGAUCUUGUUCCGUGUUAUGGGUUCCGGGCCGAGCCAUUCUUCAAGUUUCCGCUGGAAAAGUGUGAGGGGGAACGGGAAAUUCUACCACAUACCUUCUUUGCGAACCCCGUCCCGAAGAACGAGGAUAGUCUGUGGUAUUCUCUGUCAAUCCUCGUUCACGAUCGAUAUGAUUACGCGAAACGAAUUAAGGGUAAACUGGCCAACUGGUUUCACCGGCAAUUGGCGACCCCGGGCUCAGAUCGAUUUCGGAUGUAUUGUCAGUUGCUCGCCGACUCGGCCGCGUGCGUGGACCAGGACGACAUUGCGAACUGGGGGUCUCAAGAUCUUCUCCGCUGCCUCAACCAGAAUGAUCCGAACUCUGGCCUACCCAAAGAGGCGGGGUACCACGAGAUGCUCUACCUCAUAGCGGACUAUUUCGCUACCGAGGUGAUUACCUUUACACGCCCUCCGGAUAUCUGCGACUCGGCACCUUCUUCAGGUAACCCGGCGUCUCCUUCAGAGGACCCAUCAUCUCCUUCAGGGAACUCGGCAUCUCCUUUAGGUGACCCGGCAUCUCCUUCAAAUGACCUGGCAUCUCCUUCAGAGCCGUCGCAUUCGUCGAAAAGACCAGUCUUCCAGAUGAGAGUGUACGGGAACCCGUCGUCCCGGCAGGGGUUUUCCCUGUGUCCCAGAAGCCAAAAUAGAAAGCAGAUCCUCCUCGUUACUGACGCUUGUCUACGUCACUUCCAACCCGUCACGUAUAUAAGUCCUGAACUGCCUGUGUUUGAGAGGUAUGAUGGUGUAAGUUGCGGGUAUCAUAUCGAUACGUAUGCCUUUGAAGUUUGGGAUCGCUGGCCGACGAUGCCGUGGUGGCCGGGGUGUGAAUACAAAGAAAACACUGAAAAGUGGGAAUGGGAGGGAGACCGGUCCACAGACGCUGAGCGUUAUCUCAUCUCUGAAGAGACGAAGAAGGCGAUGGAGCCGAGUGAUAUCACCAUGGGUAUAAUUAUGGACCCUGCAACCCAGAGACAACUUCAAGGGCCGUACUUUGAGACGGAGCUAUCGUCUGAUGACCCACUGAAUAAACCGUACCACGACAUGCUGCUCACGUACGCCGCCGACGCGGACACGGACAGGUUCGGGCUGGAGCUGCCCGACCUGGACGUGAGAAAAGGUUGGCGGAGCGCGGUGCCAGGACCCGACGAGGCGCAGGACCCCCCGCUCGUGGUGGCGGAGUGGAGAGCUCGGGCUGGGGAGGCCGAGGAGGCCAAGUUUCGGUCAAAGGGGCAGGCUGAGACGCGGAAGCGGGCGCGCGAGGAGUGUGCUGCUAACGAGGGCCUCGGGUUCGACUCGGAUUAUGGGUGGUUAAGGGUCGAAGCGACGGAGAAGGAGAAUAAGGCGCGUGUCUGGCAUAACAAUACCAAGAGGAGGAGGAAGGAGUUUUACUGA